GAUGAAUCUUCUUUUUACUUCCUAGUUCUUCCCCUUUAUGCAGUCAUGUCGGCUCCCAAUUAGCUUGGAUUUGUAGUCGCUAUCCAUAUCAGUCUGUAUUGAAACUCUUCCUUCUUCUAGAUCCAUGUCAAUGCCUGAUGAGGACAAUGCAUCGUCUCAGCUUUCAUCUAAUUUCUUUGGGGAUCUCCUGGAUUCCGUGAUUGUUGAUGUUGCAUCGGAAUGCCAUCGAAUAGCAAGGUUAGGUCUUGAUCGUAACUUAGAAGAGGAAGAAGAAGAAUUAAGACUUUCAGCACAGGCGCGAGUAAGAGUAGCUGAUUCUAGCAAUAGUAGUGAAGCAAACGGCAAAUAUGUAGUUGAUAUUUUUGGACAAAAUCAUCCUUCUGUUGCAAGCGAAAUAUUUGAUUGCAUGAAUUGUGGUCGAUCAAUUGUGGCUGGGAGAUUUGCCCCGCAUUUAGAGAAAUGCAUGGGAAGGGGUAGAAAGGCUCGUCUCAAAGUGACAAGAAGUAGUACAGCUACACAGAGCCGGUAUUCACGAGGCAGUUCUGUUUCUGCAUAUUCUCCUUAUCCUAAUUCCACCAGCACAAAUCGCUUACCUAAUGGAACAUCUAGUCUUGCAGGGGGCGAGUACUCAAACGGUCCAUCCGGAGAGCCAUGAACAACAGUGCAAUGGCUGAGUUAUUUCAAUUUAGGAAAACAUACUGUAAUCUGAAUGUGCUCGCAGGAAUUUAAUGAUAUCUCCUGUCAUGUUUUUAUUUUACAUGACUUCUUUGUAUGGGUUAUCAUUACAUGGGAAAAAAUAUGUUCUGUUUGGAAUCUGGAUGUAUUAUGGGUUCA